UCUUUAGAAAAGUGUGGGCGAGACUCGGAAUGAGGGGAGAAUAAGGGGGAAAUACAGCAAGGGGGGAGGAGGAAAACACCUCAGCACAGCUUGGGGAGGAAUUCAGGGCUAGGAAAAUUGAACCGAGUCAUCCCAUCUGGCUACCACUCCGGGAAUAGCAGCCCCACCUUCCCAGUCGCCCUGGACCGGCGCUCCAGCCGCAGGCGCAGCACCUCACCAUUGGACGGCCGCAGUUCCAUGGACCAAACACAGAGAAGAAUGCUGGGCCAGCCCCUCUCCAUCCCCACCACCCAGCCCAAGAAGAAAAGGAUAUCUGUGAUGUCUUUCUUUUCCAAGGUCUCUUGGAAACUGAGGUUCCAGAAGCGGGAGCCUCUGAAGAACGUGUUUUUCAUCUUGGCAGAAAGAGCCCGGGACCCCAGUGCUAAAAAGCGUCACAUGGCAAUGAGAGGCCUGGGAACCAUGGCUUGUGAGACCCCAGACAAGGUAAGAAAAUAUAAGAGAAUUGUCCUAGACCUGCUGGUGCAUGGACUGUAUGACCCCAUGAGUUCUGAAGUCAUCCACGAGAGUGUGAAGACUCUGACCAUCAUCCUGGGCAAGACCCAGGCGAAAGGUUUGGGCUCCUUCUUCAUAGACAUCACUCUUCAGACCAGGACCCUAUUAGAUGAUGAGGAUGACAGCCUGAGAUACUCAGCCUUUGUCUUGUUUGGGCAAUUGGCUGCUUUUGCUGGGCGGAAAUGGAAGAAGUUUUUCACCAGCCAGGUUAAGCAGACUCAAGAUUCCCUCCUGAUCCAUUUACAGGAUAGAAACCCCCAGGUUGCCAAGGCUUGCAGAACAACGUUUCGAGCUUGUUCUCCAUAUCUGAGACAAAGGAAGGAGUACAGCUUCCAGAGUGAAGAUCAAAGGAACCCCAAACUCUGCCGGCAGCUGAGCCACUAUCACCCAGAGCUCCUGCAGUACCUCUACGCAAAUAAAAUUCUGUAAACAACAGAACAGCAGAAAAAUGGUUCCACGUGAGCACAUCACGGAAGGGCUGAUAUCCUCGCCUCUUUUAACUCUUCAGAUGUUUCUGCUCGCCUGUCAUGAUUGUAAUAGAAAAGGGGAUGUUGGGAGAGCCAUUGAUGGCAACACUAAUACUGUAUAAUUAUGUCCAACGUAAAUUUAAAUUGCUUUCACAUACGUCAUUCUCUCCUUUUAUAGAGUGGAUGAGAAGGUACACACUUUCUUUAAAACAUUUAAAGUACAUAUAGAUUCAGUGCUUAUUUCUCAGCUUUUUCCUUCUUUAGUUCAGUGCUGUCAUUGAUCUUUUUUAUUUUAUUUUAUCAUAAUUUUUUAAA